GGGAGUGGAGAGGGUGGGGGGAGAGAUAAGAGAGAGAGAGAGAGAGUGGAGGAAAAAGGAGAGAGGAGAAGGAAGGAACAACAAGGAAGAAAGGGGACAAUACAAUCAUGCUGUGCUGUAUGAGAAGAACAAAACAGGUUGAAAAAAAUGAUGACAUUGACCAAAAGAUUGAACAAGAUGGCAUCAAACCAGAAGAUAAAGCUCAUAAGGCAGCCACCAAAAUUCAGGCUAGCUUCCGUGGACACAUAACAAGGAAAAAGCUCAAGGGGGAGAAGAAGGGAGAUGUCCAAACUACUGAUAUUGAAGCUGGUGAGAAGAAGGAGGAAGUCCUCGCCAAUGGCUUGGCGGAUGGCAAAGCUGCUAUUACAGAAGCUGCUCCAACUGAGAAUGCCCUGCCUGCUGAUGGCAGCAAAGGAGGAAGCACUCCAGCAGAUGAGAAGCAGGGGGAGGGCACAGCUGACACUGGUUCAGAACAACCUGUCACAAAGGCCACUACUCCCGCUGCCCCAUCGGAGGAAAAGUCCGCUGCUGUUGCCGCUGAAACGGAAAGUGCCACUAAAGCUUCUACCGAUAAUUCACCAUCCUUGAAGGCCGACGAAGCCCAAGUCAAGGAGGAACCUAAACAAGCCGAAGUGCCUGCCACUGUCACUACUGCCGUUACCCCCACUGCUGCAGAGGAUGCUACUGCCAAGGCAACAGCGCAACCCCAAACAGACACAGCAGAGAGUAGCCAAACCGAAGAGAAGACAGAUGCUGUAGAAGAAACCAAACCUUCUGAAAGUGCCCAGCAGGAAGAAGCGAAAGAAGACGAGAGCAAGGCGGACCAAGAAAAUGCCUGAACAUUAAGAAAUGACUCCCUGUUGCCCUGUGCUCCCUUCCUCUUUCCCUGUAUCUCCCCUCCCUCCCUUGUUCCAAUCUCACCCUCUCCCGCUCGCCCUUGGGGUGAGUCUGUCUGUCUUCCUUGUCCCCUCCGCCCCGCCCCACCCUUAACCCUUUUUCUCUCUGUGUGGCAAACAUUUAAAGAAAAAAAAAGCAGGAAAAAUCCCAGUCAAACAGUGUGGCUUAAACAUUUUGUUUCUUGGUGUUGUUAUGGCGAGUUUUUUGGUAAUGAUGAUCCAAUCAUUUUGGGAAAAUUCUUGCACUGUAUCAGAAUUGUUUGAUCUGCGCGUGUGUGUGUUUGUCUGCCCACCACGAGUGCUCUCUCUCUCUCUCUCUCUCUCUCCUUCUCCCUCUCUCUCUCUCUCUGUUCCAAGUGUGUGCGCAAUGUUACGUUCAUCUGAGGAGUCCAAACCUAUUGAGUGAGUUAAGGAAAGGAAAAAAAAAAA